GGCCUGCCAAAUGGAAGGUGAGCUGAAGAAUCAUCACUGUUAUGGUCUAAGUCUUGUGAUUUUUGGAGCCUUUGUUGCUGGUGGCAGACUAUUCCUCAGUGACCUCACCACAUUGUUUUGCCACAGGACAGAGGAAGUUUGUGAUCUAUGGCAUAUUUCUGUGGGUCCUGGAUGUCUGGACCAGAAGCUCUAUAAAGAGAAAUCCAUGUAUGUAGUAUUGCUGAGGAUGGCUAUAUGGUUUCUUCCUUCAAAGAUAUGUGUUUAGCGUCUUUUCUUUUUUGACUUAACAUAUCCAAACAGCACAGCUGUAGAGAUGGGGACAGGAUUUUCUCUGUGUCUUUUGCUUUCAUUUAUUCUUGGUAAAAGGGAGCAGUUUAAAUGCUGCACUUGUGACUACCAGUUAUAUAAAGCCAUAGAGAAGGAGGGGGAGUCAUAUACUAAAUUCUUUUUUCAUUCUCACCUUAAAACAAAAUUCCUGUGAAAUCAUAUUAGGUCAAAUCAGAGCCAUCAAUUAAACCCUGUCACAUUGGUAGACUUUGGUUGGAGAGGUGAAAUCUGGCGUGUGAUUGAGGUUAUGAUUCGGAAUUAGCUUUUUGAACUUAGAAAAUGUUGCUGAUGAAAGGUGAUCUGUUUUAUUCUUAAUCUACAGUUCACCAGUUAUGCAGUUUAAGGAGCUUGUUUGAAACAAUAAGAAUCAUGACUCAAGAUCUCAGAAUGAUGGCUUGCAGGUUUGUCCAACAUGAGAGAUAAUUUCGUGGAAUGGAUUGUUUCAAGACCGUAAGAGUCCAUGAUGAAACUACACUCUGGAGUUUGAAAAGAGACAGGGCUGCUUUAAGAGAAACAGGAAGUUGUAACGAGAAGCCAUCUGAAUACUAAGGCAGAACGCUCAUGAAGUAGCAACUUAAGUGGCAGUGUUUAUUCUGAAAUCUUCAGGCAGCUAGACUGUUUCAGGCAAAUCUGGAUAAAAUAGUCCUUAUCCAGGUUUUUGUCUAAGGAAUUACGAGAAGACCAGAGAAUGGAGAGACAGCAAAGGUUUAUGUCAGAGAAGGAUGAGUAUCAGUUUCAACAUCAGGGAGCAGUGGAGCUGCUUGUCUUUAAUUUUUUGCUCAUCCUUACCAUUUUGACAAUCUGGUUAUUUAAAAAUCAUCGAUUUCGCUUCUUGCAUGAAACCGGAGGAGCAAUGGUGUAUGGGCUAAUAAUGGGAUUAAUCAUACGAUAUGCUACAGCACCAACUGAUAUUGAAAGUGGAACUGUUUAUGAUUGUGGAAAACUGGCCUUCAGUCCAUCAACUCUGCUGAUUAAUAUCACUGACCAAGUUUAUGAAUAUAAGUACAAGAGAGAAAUAAGCCAACAUAACAUCAGUCCUCACCAAGGCAAUGCUAUACUUGAAAAGGCACAUCUGCAGGAUGAAUUCUUGGAUGAGAUAUUGCUGAAUCAAAUGAUGACAUUUGAUCCAGAAAUCUUCUUCAAUGUUUUACUGCCACCAAUUAUAUUUCAUGCAGGAUAUAGCCUGAAGAAGAGACACUUUUUUCAAAACUUAGGAUCUAUUUUAACAUAUGCCUUCUUGGGAACUGCCAUCUCCUGUAUCGUCAUAGGGUUAAUUAUGUAUGGCUUUGUGAAAGCUAUGGUAUAUGUUGGCCAGUUGAAAAAUGGAGACUUCCAUUUCACCGACUGUUUGUUUUUUGGUUCACUGAUGUCUGCUACAGAUCCAGUGACUGUGCUGGCUAUUUUCCAUGAACUGCACGUCGACCCUGACCUAUACACACUCCUGUUUGGGGAGAGUGUGUUGAAUGAUGCAGUGGCCAUUGUCCUUACAUAUUCUAUAUCCAUUUACAGUCCCAAGGAGAAUCCAAAUGCAUUUGAUGCUGCAGCAUUCUUCCAGUCCGUGGGGAAUUUCCUGGGGAUCUUCGCCGGCUCGUUUGCAAUGGGGUCUGCGUAUGCUGUUGUCACAGCACUGAUAUCCAAAUUUACCAAGCUGUGUGAGUUCCCUAUGCUGGAAACAGGCCUGUUUUUCCUCCUGUCUUGGAGCGCCUUCCUGUCUGCUGAGGCUGCCGGCCUGACAGGAAUAGUCGCUGUUCUUUUCUGUGGAGUCACCCAGGCACAUUAUACCUACAACAAUCUGUCAUUGGAUUCCAAAACGAGGACUAAACAGCUGUUUGAAUUUAUGAACUUCCUGGCUGAGAAUGUCAUCUUCUGUUACAUGGGCCUGGCGCUGUUCACGUUCCAGAAUCAUAUCUUUAAUGCUCUUUUUAUACUCGGAGCCUUUCUGGCAAUUUUUCUGGCCAGAGCCUGCAACAUAUACCCCCUCUCCUUCCUCCUGAAUCUGGGCCGAAAACAGAAGAUCCCCUGGAAUUUUCAGCACAUGAUGAUGUUUUCAGGUUUGAGAGGAGCAAUAGCAUUUGCCUUAGCUAUUCGGGACACAGAAUCUCAGCCCAAACAAAUGAUGUUUACCACCACGCUGCUCCUCGUGUUCUUCACAGUCUGGGUCUUUGGAGGAGGAACAACCCCCAUGCUGACUUGGCUUCAGAUCAGAGUUGGUGUGGAUCUGGAUGAAGAUCUGAAGGAGCCCACCUCACACCAGGCAACAAAUAACUUGGAUAAAAACACAACCAAAACAGAGAGUGCUUGGCUCUUCAGAAUGUGGUACAGCUUUGACCACAAAUAUCUGAAACCAAUUUUAACCCACUCUGGUCCUCCGUUGACCACCACGUUACCUGAAUGGUGCGGGCCAAUUUCCCGGCUGCUCACCAGUCCGCAGGCCUAUGGGGAGCAGCUAAAAGAGGAAGAUGUAGAAUGCAUUGUGAAUCAGGACGAACUGGCCAUGAGUUACCAGGAGCAAGCCACCUCGCCCUGCAGUCCUCCUGCAGGGAGUUCACCGCAGACUCCAAGCAAAGACAACAUUUACGAGGGGGAUCUCGGCCUAGGAGGCUACGAACUCAAGCUUGAGCAGACUCCGGGUCAGUCCCAGCUGAAUUAGUGGUGAACAGUGCAGACGUAAUCACAAGUAAUGCCAGGCUCACUGAGAGAUACAAGCCAAGCUGGGGAGGCAGCAUGGGGAAUAGAAGCUGGAAAAUGCAGUAAGAGCACAAAUUGAAGAGAAUCAAAACCUUGUCACAAGUAUCCUCUAGUGCCUAAAGAAAUGAGAAUUUAUUAUCACCCCUCUCUAUUAUGCAACUGAAUUUAAGUUUUUGACAGCAGCCAUUUUUAUUAGCGACUUGGGUGGGGUGGGAAGGGCAGAGAAGCAAGGGAGUCAGGAGUCUCGCUGCUGUUAAGGGAGGAACAGAUACCCUUGUGUCUGAGGGGUUUCCGUUCAGUAGGCAGCUCUCCAGGCCUUCGCUUCAAUUUUGGAUUUCAUUCCCUUCAUUAGGGAGAGUUUAAAAAUAAGGAAAAAAGUUUCUGAGCAUAAAGAUCUGGCUCCUAAGCUGGAGGUUAUGCCAAGUUAUUUAGUACCUGAUUAUUUGUAUAUUAUAAAGACCUAGACUCCCACGUGCCCUUAAUGACCUCAGGGCUAUUUGCAAAGCCCAGACAAGGGAUCGAUACCACUGCUGAUGGCCUCACAGAAGCCGUGCCGUGUGGCCACCCACUGUUCUCAUGGGCAUUCUUGUCAAGCUGCUUCUCCCAUGGAAUGAAUCAAAGGGUUAGUUCCAGCUGGGUGCACCCUGCGCUAAAUGCAGCUCUGUUUUCCAACUUGGUAGGACCCUUCCAGGAAGAGUAGUUUUCUUUUCUCCAUACUAUAUUUUACCUGAAGAACAAGGCUCCCUGUCCUUGCUCGCAUUUGAGUCACUCCUUAGCCCUGUGGCAGGUCCCCUCUGUAUGCUGGGUAAUGAGAUUCCACAGCACAGGUUGUUCUCCACGUGGCAGGAGACAGUGCAGGAGUCCCAACCCGUCCUCCAAACCCAACACCCACAGCUGAUUAGCAAGAGCAGAAGCUAGAGGAGCAGAGCUGAUGAUGCAUAGACCAUACUGAAGACUCAAGGAUGCAGCCUAGGGACUCCUCUUACAAGAUAUGGCUCAUAGCCCAUGACAAACAGACCAACACAAUAGCUUUUAAUUCAGCUGCAUGAUCUGUGCCUUUUAAGCCAUAAAGAUACCUCAAGCCUAGCUUCUCUUGAAAUACAGAUGUUAAUAUUAGACUCCGAAAAAGCAGGCUCUAGUCUUAGGUGCCCAGGCUAUGAUGGGUCUGUUUCUGAAGGAGGUAGGGAAUGAUGUCUUCCUCAGGCCCAAAGCUUGAAAAUAACAUAUGCUUUGCUAACCAGUUGUUAGGCUAUUAACCAUGGUGGUGUCAGACACACGGCUACAUAUAUUGAUUUUCUUCCAAACAGUAGGAUCCAGGGGCACAAACUGUUUUAUACUCAGCUAAGUAUAAUCUGGUCAUUCCGGGUAAAUAUGCAAAUGGCAAAGCAUGAAGUUUUCUAUUUGACCUAAUCCUAAUAAACUUUUGUUAUAAA